AUGGAAAUGGAGAAGCAUGAGGCUACGUGGGAAAAAUUUUGGAACAGUCCGGUUGUAAAUUAUCUGAAGGGUCAGUGGUUUUUUUUCUGUUUGGCUAUAUUCAUUGUAAUAGCUAGGUUUGCACCAAAUUUUGCCGCUGAUGAUGGCCUUAUUAGGGGGCAAUACAGUAUUGGUUAUGGUGCUGUUGCGUGGAUUUUUCUGCAAAGUGGUCUUAGUAUGAAAACUACUCGGCUGCUAGCUAACAUGGGCAACUGGCGAGCACAUUCUACCAUUUUUUUCAUAAGUUUCCUAAUAACCUCUUCGAUUGUCUAUGGAUUUUGUUGCGCUAUCAAGGCUGCAAACGAUACCAAGAUUGACGAUUGGGUUUUGAUUGGACUCAUUUUAACAGCGACAUGCCCUACAACUGUUGCUUCGAAUGUCAUCAUGACUACAAAUGCUGGCGGUAACGAUUUGUUAUGCGUUUGUGAGGUGUUUUUGGGAAAUAUGCUAGGUGCAUUCAUUACCCCAGCUCUAGUACAAAUGUACACCAAAGAGGGACCGUUUCAAUUUGGAAAUCCCGCCGGUAAUCAAGGUAUUGCGGCGCUGUAUGGUCGUGUAAUGAAACAGGUUGGUCUAUCGGUGUUUGUUCCUCUUUUUGUUGGUCAACUGAUUCAGAACUUUCUGUCAAACAUAACACAGACAUAUCUAGGUUUUUUGAAACGCUAUCACCUUAAAAUUGGUUCCUAUAUGCUGCUACUAAUUAUGUUCAACUCUUUUUCUACUGCAUUCAAGCAAGAUGCAUUUACAAGUGUAUCUCAUGUUUGUAUCAUUUUCCUUUGCUUUUUCAAUUUUGGUAUUUAUAUUCUAUUCACGGGAAUUUGCUUCCUCUGUGCAAGGCCUUUCUUUAUUCCACUGAUAUUCCCAACGAGACCGGUCAAGGGUGAAUCAUCGGCAAUCUAUUAUUACUCAUAUAUGGUUUUCAGACCCUUUUACUAUAAUAAAAAGGACGCCGUAUGCAUCAUGUUCUGUGGAGCUGCAAAGACUGCUGCCUUAGGUGUAUCUCUUAUUACUUCACAGUACGGCGAUAACAAGGCGAAUUUGGGCAAAUUGUUGGUUCCUUUGGUACUUUAUCAAAGUGAGCAAGUUAUAACAGCAAGCCUUUUCGUCCCUCUAUUCAAGCGUUGGUGUCGGGACGAGCAAGAGAGUGAAACCGAUGAGCUGCCAAUAAUUGAUAUAGAGAAAGAUUUAACGUCGGAAAAUGUCGUGGCAAGAAGUUCUUGCGGGACCUCAACAGGUGAUUCAUCUACAAACAGCGCGAAUGUCACACCGGCAGAAUCGAGGACCAAGCAUAUUUAA